UUCCUAUCAAAUCCUCCCCCUCAUGCAAUAACUCUCCCUCCUCCUUUCCUCUCUUCCUCUAUCAUUUGUAACCAAACGCGAGAAUCGCCGCCUGUUGGGCUGUGCAGCUCACAGCAAUGGUAAACCAUCUUGCCAGACCCACUUACUAUGCACCACUUCCUUUGGCUGUACAUCUCUUCAAUUCAACAGAAUAAAAAGUAUCCAAAUGAAACCUUCAAAGAUCGAUCUAGGUUUUCCAAUUUGAAUUCUGAAACCGUCGCUUCUUACCACCCUUUUCCCACUGAGGCUUAAUGGAUAGCACAUCUGGUCAAGGUUUUGAUUCAGACGAAAGUGACCUAGAUAUGCAAUCUGAAAGUUUUGGAGAACAUGAGAUCCCAGGAGAUGAGCUUUCAAAGAAAUUGGAUUUCUAUGCGGGGAAAGAUGAUAAUAUGAUAGAUCAAUCUUUUGGAGAGCUGCCCUCAAAUAUGGAGGCUUUGGAACCAUACAUUGGCAUGGAGUUCAACUCUAGAGACGAAGCUAGAGAAUUUUAUGUUGCCUAUGGUAGGCGUACUGGUUUCACCGUCCGUAUACACCACAAUCGUCGUUCCCGAGUGAACAAUCAGGUUAUUGGUCAGGAUUUUGUCUGUUCAAAAGAAGGUUUUCGUGCAAAGAAGUAUGUCUAUAGAAAAGACAGAAUUCUUCCUCCACCCCCAGUUACUAGAGAAGGAUGUCAAGCAAUGAUAAGGCUAGCUCUUAGAGAUGGAGAGAAGUGGGUUGUAACCAAAUUCAUUAACGAGCACAGUCAUAAACUUAUGUCUCCCAGUAAAGUUCCGUGGCGCGGAUCCGGGAAGCACUUAAUCAGUGAGGAUGAGAAGGAUAAAAGAAUUCGAGAAUUAUCACUUGAGCUGUACAAUGAGAGGCAAAAAUGUAAACGACGGUGUUCUGCAUAUGAAGAACAGUUGAAUAUGAUUCUGAUGGAUUUGGAGAAACACACAGAACAUAUAUCAAGAAAAGUUGCUGAUAUAGUUAAGAGCAUACAAGAAGUUGAGGAACAAUCAGAGGAGGAUUCAGACAGUGGAUAAUAGAGUUAAGUGCAGCUUGUAUCAUAGCAUCUCUCUCUAUCUCACUUUCUUUUCCUCUGUCUCUCGCCCUUAUUAUAAAUCCAUUUAUCAUUUUCUAGAAACAAAUUGUUGACUUGCUCAAUGUA